GCAGGUGGCGGGGCGGGGGAAGGCGGCCGCGGCCAUCCUGCUGCAAUUUCCCUGUGUCACGGCUCCCGUCUCCUAGCAACGGCGCCGAGUCCGGCCGACAGCCGCGGCAGCCGCGCACCGCCCGCAGCGGCGGCGGCACAGGCAGCGGCUCCGCCGGCCCGGCGGGUCCGGAGGCGAGGGCGGGCGGGCGCUGCCGGGGGGCGGCCCCGCGGCGGGAAGGAUGCGGCAUGGCGAGGGGGCAGCGCUCCCGCGGAGCUCUCUGAGGGGGCCGGCGGCGGCGGGGCCGAGGGGGCGCCCGGCGCUCGGCCCAGCCCCGCCGUCCGCCCGCCCGGGGCCGUGAGGAGCGGCGAGGCGGCGGCGGGGCGAGCGCCGUGCGGGGAUGCCCGCUCGGGCCGGAAAGUUUCCCCGCGGCGGCCCGGCCGCUUCCCGCGCGGACUUCUCCCCGGCCCUCCUCGGAGCUGGAGUGGCCGUGGGGGGCAGUGCUCUGGGUAGCCAGCCAUGAUUGCCACUGGAGGCCUCCUGAGGAUCUCAGCUAGGAAACAGGACCCCUUGCGACCCCAAAGUCAGGUUCCCAAACGCAAACGUAAGGCCAAAAAGAAGCGCAAGAACGACGUGGUGGUGGUGAAAGGCAAGCUCAAGCUGUGCUCCCUCUCAGGGCUCAUCGCCCUCUGUGGCAUCCUGGUACUCCUGGUGGGCAUUGCCUUGGCCGUGGUGGGCUACUGGCCAAAGCCCAGCCAGGUGUACAGAGAAAGCAGCUUCGGUGGGGGCCGGCACCUGGCACCACAGGGUGGCACCCCCAAGAACCGCUCCCGAAGCCAGGAAGGGGCACAAGCAGCGAUCCAUCCAGAGUCACCCUCCAGAGCCAACAUCUCCACCACUACUACCACCCAGGGGUCCCCACAGUCCCCCCCAACUUCCUCAUCUCCCCAGGCCUCAGUGGGUUUUCUUUUCCGUCUUUUCUCAAGCUACUUGCAUUCAGACAAGCUGAAGGUGCUGGGCCCCCUCAUCAUGGGUAUCGGCAUCUUCCUCUUCAUCUGUGCUAAUGCAGUAUUGCAUGAGAACCGUGACAAGAAGACCAAGAUCAUCAACCUGCGUGACCUCUACUCCACUGUCAUUGAUGCCCACAGCCUGCGGACAAAGGACGGAGGCACCCCAGCCUCAGCCCCUCUCAAUGGCUUUGUCAACUACGUGCAGUCCCGGGGCCUGGAGCUAAAGCCUGGUGGUGAAGGCCUGGGUACUGCGGCCAUGCUGGCCAAGAGCUCCUGGCCACCAGGGCUGGGAGUCUCCCUUUCCCCACCGGACAUGGCAUCCUCGCCACGACGUUCCUCCUUCUGCACCCCACUGCAGCCGCCCAGCCUGGCUGAGGCUGUGUACAGCAUCUACCAGGAGCGUGCCACCCUUGCUGGCCGCACCAUCACCAGCCCACCCUGCAGCCCACCAGAGAGCUGGGGCCAGCGCAGCACAGCCAGCUCCAUCGUCGGCUCUUCACUCAGCGCCUUCACCCUCUUGCCCUUGGCACCGAGCAGCGGAGGGGGAGGCUGGCGGAGGCCCCCAGGUGAGCGGGGAGCCCGGGAGAUUCCACGGGGGGAGUUUGAACUCAGCCUGACUGACCUCAGCAGCAGCCGCAUCGAGGGAGGCUGUGGGACAAGGAGGCACAAGCUGGUUCUCAGGAGACAGAGCACCAGCUGCUUGCCUGAUGCCAGGCGCCCCCUUUUCUCUGAGCCCCCUCAGUCCCCAGCUGUCAGCGGCGGCACAGACUCCAGCCUCUUGGUAAAGGCAUCUUCUAGCUACUCCAAAUCUCUGGAUCUGGGGGGAUCACCCUCCUCCAGCCCUCCUGCCAUCACCAGGGCGGACUCCCAGAGCUCCCAGUCUGAGCCUUCCAGCAGCAAUAAGGGCUACAGCCACCUGGAGGAGGCAGGCACCUCCUUGGAGUCAGUUGCCAACACCCCAGCCAGUAAAAUCCAGGACUGUGAGGAGGAACCAGCUGAGAAGACAGACCCUCUCAAGGCUACCAGCAGAGAACAAACAGGGGACCAGUCCCAGCAAACUCAAAGACAGUACACAAAUAAAGAGAAACUCUUUAUGAUUUCUAGGUCGCACGCUGCAUUAGGGCUGGAGGACGGGGAACUGGAGAGUACUGGCAUCUAAACAAAACCGAGAAGGCACAAGGACACCUUGCAGCCCUCCACACCUUCCCCCCCUUCUCCAUCUUCUUGUGGACUUAGGAAACUAAUCAAUAUCCAAAGAGCUGCAGUAUGUUGCCCUUGAAAAUUGAGUACAGUAAAUCCUGUAGAUGACUUCAGGAAGAAAAAGAAAACCCUUUCUGUCCGAUCGUGAUUGUAUGUUCCAUGCAAGCCAAAUUGUAUUAAAUAUCCACAGUCCAAUAAGUUCUUUGGAUCAGAUUAAUACAAUUUCGGACAGAAUAUCUGUGCACUUUACUGUUUUGAUUUCCAAGUGCCCCUUCUUUCUUUUCCUCUGAUUUCUUUCUUGCUGAUUUGUCACUAACUGCUUGAAAACUGCAGGCACCUUUUUAAGCUCAAUAGCAAUGUGGUCUUCAGAUCAAGAAAGCCGAGCUCUCUCUUUGUUUUGGUUCAAUCACUAAAAAGUUUGCAAGGCCUUAAGGAUGAUGUACCUUGACAAAGAAUGAGUUUGUUUAAAUUCUGGAAAAAUGACAAUUUAGAAGAGACUGGAGCGGAACAGAGCUCUGAUCUAGUUAAAACCAUUACAUUCCUGAAUCCAAAAUACCUACUACUACGUGAUACUUUAUUAAGUAUUAUUACUCAUGUAUUGACUAAUAGCAUUUAAAGAUUUUUUUUUUAAUAAAACAUUUACAAACAAAA